AUGGUGGGGGUUGGUGGACAUGGAAAAAGAUCGGGGUAUGAAGUUUACUUGUUGGAAGCUACAUACAAGGAUCCAGUGGGUUGUGCUGCUAGGAAUGUUCAUGGUUUUACCCAGGAUGGCAUACAGAGGAUGGCUGAACAAUGGGAAGAAGCUCCAUCCUUGUACUUGAAAUUGGACAUGAAGAGAUCGGGGUAUGAAGUUUACUUGUUGGAAGCUACAUACAAGGAUCCAGUGGGUUGUGCUGCUAGGAAUGUUCAUGGUUUUACCCAGGAUGGCAUACAGAGGAUGGCUGAACAAUGGGAAGAAGCUCCAUCCUUGUACUUGAAAUUGGACAUGAAGUCAUUACUCCACGGAGAUGACUUGGAGGAAAGCGGAAUACAAGAGGUUGACAUGGAUACAGAAGAUGGAGAUCCUUCGAGUGGCCAAUUAGGAUCAGAAGAAAGAAAUCUUGAGGCCAUUGAACCUCUUGUAGGAGAUUAUGCUCCUGAUGGUUCUUUAAUGCAUGAUAAUAGAUUUGACACUAAAGACGACCAUCCAGCUGAGGAAGUGAAAGAAUUGGGGAAAAGUAAAUGGUCUGAUGUUUUGGAUGAAGAUGAUGCACAAAGAACUGGAGUGGCGAAAGGGAAUUUAAGUGCUCUUUCUGGAUUGAUCCAAGCUUAUGGGAAGGGAGGUAAAUCUGUUCAUUGGGGUGACCAGGUUGGCAAUACUGGCUUCUCUAUUGCUGCAGCAAAAAAAGCAAAUGUUUUAUCCAUAGUAAUUGGUGCUGGUUCUGGAUACAACUUGAAGUCAAACCCUUUACCAGAAGAAGAGAAUCUGACAUCAACUCAAAAAACGGGCGAGUCAAGAGGGCAAAACAUAUUCCAAGAACGACUUCGCGCAGAGCGUGAAUCUUCCAGAGCUAUUUUUGAGAAGAGACGGCAACGAAUCGGUGGGCUUAAUGGGGAGGAGGAACAGUACUAGAACGCUUUAAGCCCCUCAUGGUAAUUUUUUUUUUAAUUGAAUUCGUUCCGUGGUUAUGUGUGGUGCUAUUGCCUUGGGUACAAGAGUGAUCAAAAAGAGAGAAAAAAAAGAGGGGCAAAAAAUAGUAAUAUUCAUCCCCCCCACCCCGGCUUUGUAUGAGCUUUGCAAAAUGGAACAUUAUAUCGAAACACUCUUGGUAAUGCACAAAACCAUUCCGAAAAAUAGAAUGAAAAAAAAAAUUAAUAAAAAAUGCUUGUGAAACAUUUUGAAAUAUUGGUCGAAAUAUAUUAAAAAACGUCGAAUUGAAACACAUUGAACGUAGUGAUUUCAAUAUUGAAUUACUCAUUCUGAUUGAGUUUUCAUGGAA